AUGGAACGUGGCAAAUUGAUGGGCGUGAGGAGGAGCCAACCAGCACUGAUGGAGAUGGAGGAGCAGCCUUUGGAUCCACAGCCACAGGAACAGCCGCAGCAACUGGAACCACAGCAGGGGGAGCAAGCAGACUGGCCACAGCCACACUGGGAGCAGCCACCCUUACCACAGCCGCCCUUGGAGCAGCCGCAGCCGCAGCCGCCCUUGGAGCAGCCGCAGGAGGAGCAGCCACCCUUGGAGCAGCCACAGCCGCCCUUGGAGCAGCCGCCCUUGGAGCAGCCACAGCCACAGGAGGAGCAGCCACCCUUGGAGCAGCCACAGCCGCCCUUGGAGCAGCCGCAGCCGCCCUUGGAGCAGCCACAGCCGCCCUUGGAGCAGCCGCCCUUGGAGCAGCCACAGCCACAGGAGGAGCAGCCACCCUUGGAGCAGCCACAGCCGCCCUUGGAGCAGCCGCAGCCGCCCUUGGAGCAGCCGCAGCCGCCCUUGGAGCAGCCACCCUUGGAGCAGCCACAGGAGGAGCAGCCACCCUUGGAACAGCCACCCUUGGAACAGUAUAUGAUUAAAGCUAUUUUGCAGAAGUAA